AAUCAUUGUAAAAAGCUGGUAUCAUUGCACGAGCUCCCAUCCUUUCUUCGGGUUCUUCGGGUUUAUCAUUGUGAUAACUUAGAAUCCAUUUCAGAUAAAGGUUUUGAUAUUAUUCCCCUGGAAUAUCUUCAGAUUAGUCGUUGUAAGAAUCUGAAGUUUUUUCCUCAUGAGCAUUUGGAAAGUCUCACAUCUUUGGAAUACUUGGAGAUAUAUAAUUGUCCAAGUAUGGAUUACUCAUUUCCUUGUGGGUUGUGGCCUCCUAAUUUGAGAGGCCUAGCGAUAGGAUGCUUAAAUAAGCCCAUGUCAAAAUGGGGGAUUCAAAAUUACCCAACAUCACUUGUUCAUCUUAACUUAUCUGGAGAAAAUUCAGGAGUAGUUUCAUUUGUUGCAAAUGCAAAAGAUGUGACUUCAACAUCGUUUCUUCUUCCACCAUCUCUAAUGAAUCUAUCAUUCUCUAAUUUUAUGGAGGUGGAAUUAGCUUCAGAGGUCUUGCAACGUCUCCCCUGCCUUAAGACACUUAAUAUCUGGUCAUGCCCGAAACUUAAAGAUCUACGGGAGACAAAUACUACUGGCCCAUCCUCUUUGAUCAUUUCCGAAAUCCUUGAUGUUGAUGUGAAUUAUUUGAUCAUGGUGGAAUUAGUUUCAGAGGUCUUACAACGCCUCCCCUGCCUUAAGAAACUUAAUAUCUGGUCAUGCCCGAAACUUGAAGAUCUACGGGAGACAAAUACUACCGGGCCAUCCUCUGUGAGAAUUGAGGUGAUUCAGUAGAAAAGGCAACUACAAGCUGGCUGAUCAUUUCCCAAAUCCUUGACGUUGAUGUGAAUUAUUUGAUCAUGGUACGUCAUCUCAGUCUCUUACAGAGUCAUUCAAGAAGGUGGUGUUUUUUGGUGGAUUGCUUCAUGAAUAUUUGAAUCAUUUUAUGGUCUUGUAGUAUCAAAAAAUAGUAAAGUUUAAAAUUGUAUUUUGUUUCAAUGGGAAUAUUUGAGAUUUUGUCAUGGAUGGAAGUAUU